AUGCUACCAGCAAUUAAUAAUAUUAAAUUAAUUAUUCUAAUGUAUAUUCGAGGUUGGGCUGUGAUGACUUGUAAUGUGCCAGCUCGGCAAAUAUUUCGUGCUUCCAGGUCAAGUAAUUUUUAUUUAAUGCUAUUAUUACUUAUGUUAUUUCUUUGUACACUUCCGGUUGGUUAUGUAAUCGCUUCAAAAAAACCAUCUAAAAUUUGCGGUCCAUUUGGAAGUCAAGAACGUUUCUAUAGUGUAAUUGUUCAAUUGCUUGAUCGUAAUUUAACAAAAGGUCUUGUUGAUGCGAUCAGAUAUAUGAUAUCACCGGGUAUUGUUAUUCCAGUUUUAUUACUUCUUCUUUUAACAAUAUAUUUCCUUUUUGCUCUGGUACGUGGUUUACGUGAAGCAAAUACGGAUCUCACCAAGCAAUUAUUACAUACUAAAAAUUUUUUAGGAAAGAACAGAAGAAAAAAACGAAUUUUCGAAUUGGCUGGUGGUGGAAAGAAACGUCAAAUUUCUAAUAAUCAAGAAAUUCAACAUUCUUCUUUAAUUGCCAGUGAUAGUAAUAAUACAACAAAUAAAACUAAUAAUAUUUUGGAGGAUGAAAUUUUAUCAGAUAAAUCGCAUAAAAGAAGUAAUAAGGAUUUACACAGUUAUGUUCCCUCAUUAAAAAGUGUUAGCGAAGCGGAACAUUCGGAAUCAGAAGAGGAAGAACCGGAACAGAAACUGAAAAAACAUCAAAAAGACGAUGAAAAAACCGAAAUGAUUGAAGUGAAACGUGGUUGGAAGCAAAAAAUUAUAACUUGGCUUGGUUUAAAUAAAAAUUCCAAUAGAGCAAGAAAAAAUCGUCUACGAUAUAAUCAAAAUGAUAUUGAAUCCGGAAAUGAAUCAUUCAUAUGUGCCAGAAAAUCAGCAACAUCGGAUGACCAACGUUCGAUGACAUCCAUUACCGAAUCAUGUUUACAUAGCUGUCCUUCAUCAGAAAAAUUAAUUGGAGAAGAUGAUAAUGAAAUAAAAAGUAAUCGAAACGGUUUUUUCACUACUAAAAAUAAUGGAAAGCAAAUUAAAAAGCAAAUGGUAUUAGAAGAUUUAUCAGUACCACAGUAUCACGAAACUUUAAUGGAACAGACUGUCUCAUUAAUUAAACCUGCAAAUGAUAAUGACAGUCAUCAAAUCCAAGAUCAACAAAAUCAAAAUCAUAAAUCAUUUGCAAACGAUGAUUCAUUCCAUCAAUCAUCAAAAGAAGUUGAAAAUCGAGAAUAUGAUGAUACGUCAAAUGUAUCAGAUCCACGCUUCUCGUACGCCGAUCCAUACAGUAGUUAUGCAAAUGCAAUGAUGUCACCAUUAAUGGAAAUGCAAACAUUAUCACCGACAAUAUAUUCUGAAAGUGAAAUAGAAGCAGAAGAUGAAUUUAAUGAUAUUACUGGUACUCUAAAAUUGGAAGAACAUAAUAGGAACGACGAAGAAAAUAGAUAUGGCAAAUUAAAAUCAGAUGUAAGACAAAAAGUAGGACAAGAUGAAAUUGCCCAAGAAUUGAAGCCAAAUGAUACAAGUAUUGUUGUGCAUCCGGAAAUACAUAUUUCGGCAGCGACAUCCGAUACUAAUACGGAAUGUAAAAAGAAAUUAAAUGAUGGAAAUCGAAAUUUGCCAAUGAGUAAAAUCAAUCCGCAAAUUAAAUUGGGUAAAGUGGAAGCACGAGUUUUUCUUCAUGAAGCAAAACCGAAAUGGCAUAAUUCGGAAGUGCUAGAAAGACCUCAGUUAUCAAGUGAUUCAGAAUCUCGAAUGGUUGUUGUUGAUGAUGAUCCAAGAUUGUACUAUACUGAUUCAGAAUGUGUCACAUCACAUGGAAAGCAUUUCCAAAGGCACAAAAAACCAAUCCAUUAUGCAAUACCAUAUUAUGCACGAGCAUCAAAUACUCAGGAAGCUGUUCAAACUGAUACCUUAUUGCAGCAAUUUUUGAUGCGAGUAAAUAUUAGUGAAGAUCGUUCCGGUAUACUGCCGAAUCGUCCACCACUAUCCCAUCAAUCUUUGCCAUUAUCAUCGUUAUCAACAUCAAAACAACAUCCGACACAUGCGACACAAUCUACAAUGAAUGAAGUUCAACAUACCAUAAAUCGACGACAGUUGUCACCUAGUGAAACAACUCGAAUUCAUUGUAAACAUACUCUUGUAUAG